UUCAGAAGAGAGAGACGGGAAGAAAGAGAGAGAGAAGUCCUGUAAAGAAAGGAUCCGGGAUCGACGCGGCGUGUGUCCGGUAUCUUGACACGCCUCGUACGAUUGCAGUUUGUUUGUCGCUGUGCUGGAGAGAAAGAGGUAUCGCCCACUCGCACACUCUUCUGUUUGUGGACGGAGAUCGGUGUAUCUCUGAUGUGGAGGAAACUUCCACCUGGCUGCUCCUGGUUGUGUGUGCUGGGUAUGGGGGUCUGUCGGGAUCAGUUCACCGUGCAGGUACGGUAGUGUGUCGCGGUCAAGCGGAACAUGCUGUGUGUUAUUAUAUAACCUGCAGCUCCCUUCGGCCGGACAGCAUUGACCUGCUUGUGUGUUUACACCAGCAAGCGCUGUGAUUCACACGCGGUGACGUGGCCCGCUUCGCGCAGCUGAACUGGUUAUGAUUUCAUAAACAAGAUGCAUUCUCAUUAUUAUUUGUGGUUCUGUUUUAUACCAUACUGACGUUUGAAGUGUUUGGUUUCUUUUCAGUUCGAGAGAUUUGCUGAAUGCAAAUAGGAUUAGGUAGUUAAACAGGUCUGGUCAGGGUCUGUAGUUGCAAUAAGCCAGGAAGCGCUGAUCAGAGUGCGCUGUGUUUACUGAGAGCGUUCAUUAUGAGAAGUAACAGGCGCAGCUCGGAGCGUGCGCGCUGCUAGCACGUUACACGCCAGUCUUUCUGAUUAAUCACACUUAAACUACUGCUUCACUGCAAGCAAACCGCGCUCCUUAUCGCGCCGACAGUAUCGAGGAGUCGGUGCGCUGUAUUUAGGCUGCACCGGAAGGAAAGGAACAGCGAGGUCACAACAGAGAUCCCGGCGGAGUCUGUCACACCCGCCCCGCUUCAGAGGUACCGCUCUGCAGUCUCAUCCCCGGGUCCUGUUGGAAGCGAGCAGGGAGGCAUUGCCAUGACAGCGCCGCGAUGCCGUGCAGGGUGGCUGGGGAGCACCGUGCUGCUACUGGGAGCCCUGCUGGGACUGGGACACGCCAUGACCAAAGAGGAGAGACACAAACUCAGGGAUCAAGUAUUGGAGAUGUUUGACCAUGCAUAUCAAAACUACAUGGACCAUGCCUACCCUGCAGACGAGCUGAUGCCUCUGACCUGCCGGGGCCGGGUUCGAGGGCUGGAGCCGAGUCGAGGGGAUGUGGACGACGCGCUGGGCAAGUUCUCCUUGACGCUGAUAGACACAAUGGACACUCUAGCGGUGCUGAAUAAGCCUGUGGAGUUUGAGGAGGCAGUGCGGAGGGUUCUGCGUGAUGUGCGGCUGGAUAACGACAUUGUGGUGUCUGUGUUCGAGACCAACAUCCGAGUGCUGGGGGGUCUGCUAGGCGGGCACUCCAUGGCCCUGAUGCUGCGUGACGGGGGACGCUACAUGCCCUGGUACCAAGACGAGCUGCUCAGCAUGGCCAAGGAGCUGGGGCUGCGCCUGCUGCCUGCCUUCAACACCUCCAGCGGACUACCCUACCCCCGGAUCAAUCUGAAGCACGGUCUGCACAGCCCCGAGUCCCGCACCGGCACGGAGACAGACACCUGCACCGCCUGCGCUGGCACCAUGAUCCUGGAGUUCGCUGCCCUGAGUCGCUUCACUGGAGAGCCGGUCUUCGAGGCGCACGCUCGCAGAGCCCUGGACUUCCUGUGGGAGAAGCGGCAGCGCAACAGCAACCUGGUGGGAACCACGAUCAACAUCCACACUGGAGACUGGGUGCGAAGGGACAGCGGUGUGGGGGCUGGAAUCGACUCCUAUUACGAGUACCUGCUGAAGGCUUACAUCCUGCUGGGAGACGACAGCUACCUGGAGCGCUUCAACACUCACUACUCCUCCAUCAUGAAGUACAUCAGCCAGCCUCCGCUCCUGCUGGACGUGCACAUCCACAAACCCCUGCUGAACGCGCGCACCUGGAUGGACUCGCUGCUCGCCUUCUUCCCAGGACUGCAGGUGCUGAAAGGGGACAUCAAGCCGGCGAUCGAGACGCACGAGAUGCUCUACCAGGUCAUCAAGAAGCACAACUUCCUGCCGGAGGCCUUCACCACAGACUUCAGGGUGCACUGGGGCCAGCACCCCCUGCGCCCCGAGUUCGCUGAGAGCACCUACUUCCUGUACAAGGCCACAGGAGACCCCUACUACCUGGAGACGGGGAAGACCAUCCUGGAGAACCUGAACAAGUUCGCCCGAGUUCCCUGUGGCUUUGCUGCCAUGAAAGACGUGCGGACCGGCAGCCACGAGGACCGCAUGGACUCGUUCUUCCUGGCUGAGAUGUUCAAGUACCUGUUCCUGCUCUUUGCUGACAAGGAGGACCUGCUGUUUGACAUGGACCACUACCUGUUCACCACCGAGGCCCACCUGCUGCCCCUCUCGCUGUCCACCUGCAACCACACCGGGACCCGGAGGAACAAGACUGCCCAGGAGCUGCUGGAUCUGGCUGAUCUGGACGACAGUAACUUCGACUGGUCCUGCCCCAACACACAGGGGCUGUUCCCAAACAACCCCGCCUUCGCACGCAGCAUCCGAGAACCAAUCCAGAACGCGGUGGACAAGAGCUGCCCCCGGCCCGGCCCCCGCGGGGACUCUGGCCCUCAGCCCCCCCUCCGAGCGAGGGACUUCAUGGCGAACAGCCCCGAGCAGCUGGAGCUCCUGCGCAGGAUGGGGAUCAGUCUGAUCCACCUGAAGGAUGGCCGAGUGCAGCUGGUGCAGCACGCCACGCAGGCUGACAGUGCUGUUGAUGCGGAGGACGGCUUGCGCUUCAUGCAGGAGAUGAUCGAACUCUCCAGCCAGCAGCAGAAGGAGCAGCUCCCCCCUCGUGCUGUGCAAAUCAUCUCACACCCCUUCUUCGGCAGAGUGGUACUGACCGCGGGACCUGCACAGUUUGGGCUGGACCUGUUCAAAAGCAGUGUGGGGGCGCGGGGCUCUGUGGCACUGACCGAGCCUUUCAGUGGCUGCUCCGAGGUGACCAACCCAGACCUGCUGGCCGGGCGCAUCGCUCUCGUGCAGAGGGGCCAGUGCAUGUUCGCAGAGAAGGCAAGGAGCAUCCAGCGAGCCGGAGCCAUAGGGGGCAUUGUCAUCGAUGAUAACGAGGGCAGCAGCAGUGACACGGCACCCCUGUUCCAGAUGGCGGGGGAUGGGAAGAGCACUGAUGACAUCACCAUCCCGCUCCUCUUCCUCUUCAACAAGGAGGGCAAAAUCAUCCUGGAUGCGCUGAGAGAGUACAGAGAGGUGGAGGUGCUGCUGUCUGACAGAGCCAGGGACAGAGGUGCUGACACGGAGAGUCCCCACUCUAAACCAGAGGAAUCCUGCUCUGCUGCGGAGAGGGGGGAGUGUGCAGCCAGCCUCCCCCCGUCAGGCACACAGCAGCAGGAGGCUGUGGACACAGAGACAGGACUCCAGCGGGACACUGGCCAGGACCCAGAGUCCAUCCUGUCAGACUGGAGAGAGGACCUGGAGGUCUUCCAGCAGAUGGAGAAGGACGAGCUGUGACCACCCCUCUCCCAGGAACGCAUGUGGUACAAACCAGAACAAAGCAGAGGCAGCUCACUCGGGGAUCGUUCCAAAAGGACUCCAGAAAGGGGAGGAGCCUGAGGGAACAUGAACACUGUCUUCCAGAGGAGGAUUAGAAUAUUCUGUGUUUAUUGGACAGAGUGUAACUGAUAAAAAUAAAAUCCAAACGCAGGAAAGGGUGGGGGGGGGAGAUGAGCUGCAGCACCGUUAAACAGAUUCUAAUUAAAUAUUUUUUAGAUAUAUAUAUAUAUUUUUUUUUGAUUAUCAUGGGCAGGGGUCUCCAGCCCUGGUCCUGGAGAGCUGCAGGGCGUCUGGUUUUCAUUUCCACCGAGUUCUCUGUUACUUGAUUGAACCGAUUCACGUCUUAAUCAGUCCAGAUUAACAUGUUCCAGAUGUUUAGCCAUUGCUGAUGAAAAGGCACCUAGAAAGCCUGCAGGACUGGGCUGUGCAGGACCCGGGUGGAGAUCCUGCUCCAGGGUUUCUAAUUGGCUGACCAGUGGAGAUGCUUCAUAGAUCCCGGUUUUCUGUUGAUUUUGUUACGAGUGAGUGAGUGAGUGAGUGAGUGAGUGAGUGAGUGAGUGAGUGAGUGAGUGAGUGAGUGAGUGAGUGAGUGAGUGAGUGAGUGAGUGAGUGAGUGUAUAGGGCUGGUCUGUGUGCUGACUCAGAAGACUGAGUUCCAUGCAGGAGCCAGCCCCCUAUGAAGGCUGGGAGUGGACCAGACCGUGAGCUUCCCAGGUCUGUCUCUGCUGUCCAUCUGGACCCCAGUCCAGUCCUUUGCUGGGUGAGCUGGCAGCGAUGUGACGGUCAUGCUUCACUUUCCCAGGUCUGUCUCUGCUGUCCAUCUGGACCCCAGUCCAGUCCUUUGCUGAGUGAGCUGGCAGCGAUGUGACGGUCAUGCUUCACUUUCCCAGGUCUGUCUCUGCUGUCCAUCUGGACCCCAGUCCAGUCCUUUGCUGAGUGAGCUGGCAGCGAUGUGACGGUCAUGCUUCACUUUCCCAGGUCUGUCUCUACUGUCCAUCUGGACCCCAGUCCAGUCCUUUGCUGGGUGAGCUGGCAGCGGUGUGACUAACAAUCCAUUCCCAGUCUCAUUUUUAAUAGGCUGUUUUGUGCAUUAGAGCUGCCCACCAGCAGAGGUCAGUGUUGUCUGUUGUUCAUUCCUACCUGGCAUUGCGAGAGAGUGCUGUCAGUGUAGGACAGGGGCAUUCAUCUGCUGUAGAUUUGUAACUAGGGGAGGGGUGGGUGCUAACCUUGCUAAUAAGACUUGUGUUAUAUUUGUAAUUGGGGGUGUAAAUUGCUAAAAUGUAUAUUAUUAUUAUAAUUAUAAUAGGAUGAUGUGUAUGAAAUACUGUCUUUAAAUGAACAGGUCUAUGAUAAAGGAAUGUGAUUUUCUUUUUUUAUUUCAAGGGGGUAUAUGUGAGCUGAUGGGAUAAAACCCCAAUGCUGCUUCAUCAAAUAAUUCUUUUAGCUUUCAUUGUUAGGCGUGGCUUUUAUCAUUUCAAUAGUGUUUAAUGAGGAAUCAGCAGCAGCCCGUCUAUCACCUUCAUCCCUGUGCAAACAAAGGAAUAUUCAUGCUAUGCAGUCUGAUCCAUUCCUGGUUCAAUAAGACACCCCUGAGCUUGUUACCUACACACUGUGGCUACUCAAGCUCCUAGUAAAACCUGGAGUGGGUGAAUCCGCUGUGCUUCCAUGGCUGGUAGCUGACCCUGUGCAAUGUGAUCCCUGGCAGCCAGGCUUCUCCUGCAGUGUUUGAGUGUGAGGCGAGCUCCCUGAGGGACUGUCCACAGUGUGCUCUGCUCCAGUCCAGGUAUUGGUUCCAGCCACACCUCCCCGAAUCCCUGCACAGAUCCUGGUAUUGUUCGAGACAGUGCAGAGCGCUUUGCUCCUGGAAACGUUUUGUUAUUUGGGGCUCUUCAAAAGGGUUUACUCUGAUCUUUUAUUUCUGGUAACUCCUGGUUUUGAAAACUCUUUAUUUUACAAAACUAGAACAAACAGUGCGUGAUAUAAUCCCAGUUCAGGACCUCACACAGAGGCUUGACUCGCCAGCUACAACACAACUAGAUCUGAACCUGUCCUGAUGGACACAGAGGUUGUAAAGGCAACCUCUUAUUUGUCUGCCUUUCAAAAUGAAAACGCUGCUGAUCGGCAGGGUUCUAAUCUAGAGGGGGUUCAGUGGUUUUGCAGAAACUCCAAGUCUGUUCUAAACAGGGGGAACACUACAGAUAACAGAAGUGAUUAUUUUUUAUGUUUAAUGCAAAACAUUUUGAAUCUGAUGUGUGUAUAAAACCUGAUUAUUAUUUCAAAAUUGCAGAGAAUGUUUGUAUUCCUUUCUCAGAACAUUCCUUACCUUUUAUAAAUCCUGUAAUUAACAAAGCUGAAUUAAAGGAAAGUCGUUUCAAUGAAA